AUGCUGUUCUUUACGAUGAUGUACCGGUCCCUGGUGGAUUGGCCACCGACGCUGAACAGCCGCCUCGAUCACAUGAAGAUCAAACUGCCCAAGGCGAACCUGUGCUGGAAAACACGGGCCGCUACCCUGCACAGGGCGUUGCUGAACCGUUCCCUUGACUCGAUGAUCCAAUCGACGAAACGGAGACAGAUGAGCGAGCGCACAACGAAGAUGAUCCCCAGUUUGAUGGAUAUGAUGUCGUGUCCAGUGGAGAUCUCGCUGACCUUCUUGCUCAUUCACCUGGAGGUGCUGUGGCUCCGGAUUCCCCUACCGUUGUGGGCGGCCCCAAUGACGUCGCCAAUCUCUUCUGUGAUGGUCAGAUGGGUGCUCAUGAGCCUGUCCAUGCUGGUCAGGCGGAUUUGCCGCCUUCGCCACCUUUCUUCGAACUCGUCGGGGAUGGCGCUGGCUAGCUCGCAGCAGGUCGACCCACUCAACCAAUGCAUGAUGAUGGCCAUGUCGGACGAGGAUGAUGCGACGUCCCCCCUGGAUCCGAUGGACAUGCAUGCUAAGUCGUUUGAGCAGGUCGGCGCGUCGAUCACCGAAUUUUGUCUGCAGCGGCUGCGGAUGAGGAGGCGCAGGACUCGUUCGCAGAGGUGCUCGCGAGCGCCCAGGCUCGUCCACCUGGCCCACGUGUUCGUCUCGGGCAUGGGCGAGUUCAUCCCCUACCCCCGACGGCCUGGCCGCAGCGAUAGGCACCGUCCCCGCGGGCGUCGGCCUCUCGUCGACGACUCUGGCGAUGCGCAGGUCGAGAACGGUCUGCUCUUGACGGGCCCCGCCGCGCGCGGCGCCUAG